AAAACGAACAAACAAACAGAGCAAGAGCAGUUGCAGGUUGCGCGCGGUUGGUUUGGGAAGAGGAAUCGCAGAAAUUCCAUUCCAUUCCAACUCUGCACAACCAGAAAACCUUCCAUUUUUCUCGUCAUUUCUUCUUCCUCCUUUCAAUUCUCAUCAUUGUUCCGCAUUUUGUACCAUUUCCUCUCUUUUCUCUUCAAUUCUCUGCUUCUCUGCCUUGGUUUGGUGCUCAUUGUUAAGGUUCUCAAUUCCAAGGGAAUAAAAGAUGCCAGGAAUUGUUGCAGUUGUAGUUCAUGAUGAAGGGAGAGUAAAUGAAAUAAAUGAGAUUGAUAACACUUUACCCUCUAAGGAAACCUUAACUCCAAUCAAGCCCCCAAGGACUCCACAAAGACAUCAACGUGCCGCCUCCGUUGAUCGGCUUUAUGACAUGCAAAGUUCUGAUCAAUCACCCUCGACACGAAGUUUCGGUUCGGAUAUUGAAGAGUCUAGUGUUGAUUCAGAAUUCCGCCGUCUAGUUGGGGGAAAGAAGAGGGGAGGGGGCUAUAGCAGCGAAGCAUCUUCUAGAAUGGGUAGUCCUUGGAAUGAUAAGAAGUUGGAAAAGGUGAAUGGGUUUCAGUCUCCAACUAACAAGUCAUCAAAAUCAACACCAAAGGGAAAGUGUCCUCCUGCAAAACCUCCUGUCGAAAAGAAGAAUGUUAAUCCUGUGAGAAAACAAAACACUGGAGUUGCUCGUGUGACAAAGCCUAAACAUUCUUCUACCCGAAGAUCACUUUCGCUUGGUCGAGUUGAGAUUUCCACUGAUUCAACAGUAGACAAGCCUGAGCUGGGACCAGUUUUACUGAAGCAAGCAAGGGACAUGAUUUCAUCAGGAGAAAAUCCAGAGAAAGCUCUUGAGUUAGCUCUUCAAGCAACAAAAUUGUUUGAGAAGGCUGCUAAGGGGAAACCGAGUUUGGAGCUGGUAAUGUGUUUACAUGUAACAGCAGCAAUAUAUUGCAGCUUGGGGCUUUACAUCGAGGCAAUUCCAAUUAUCGAGCGCUCAAUUGAGAUUCCUGUGAUUGAGGAAGGCGAACAACACGCCACUGCUAAAUUUGCCGGAUACAUGCAAUUGGGAGACACAUAUGCUAUGUUAGGCCAGAUUGAGAAUUCAAUUAUGUGCUACACCUCAGGGCUGAAAGUUCAGAUGCAAGUGUUGGGAGAAGCAGACCCGAGAGUCGGCGAAACAUGCCGGUACGUGGCUGAAGCUAAUUUUCAAGCACUGCAAUUUGAUGAGGCAGAUAGGCUGUGCCAGAUGGCUCUUGAUAUUCACAGAUCAAAUGGUUCACCCUCAUCUCUUGAAGAAGCUGCUGACAGGAGGCUGAUGGGACUUAUAUGUGAAAUAAAUGGGCAUCAUGAAGCGGCGCUGGAGCAUCUUGUUCUAGCAAGCAUGGCAAUGGUGGCAAAUGGACAGGAAGUGGAAGUGGCAUCUGUUGACUGCAGCAUUGGCGACACGUACUUAUCCUUGGCUAGAUAUGAUGAGGCCAUCUUCGCAUAUCAGAAAGCGCUAACAGUUUUCAAGACUCACAAAGGAGAGAAUCAUCCUGCUGUGGGAUUAGUCUUUGUUCGUCUGGCCGACUUGUAUAACAGGACAUGGAGAAUAAAGGAAUCAAAAUCAUAUUGUGAGAAUGCUCUUAGGAUAUAUGAGAAUCCCAUGUCUGGGGUGCCUCCGCAGGAGAUUGCAAGUGGUUUUAUGAAUGUUUCAGCUAUCUAUGAAUCAAUGAAUGAGCUUGAUCAGGCACUUAACUUGCUGCACAAGGCAUUAGAGAUAUACAAUGAUGCCCCUGGUCAGCAAAGCACAAUAGCAGGAAUUGAAGCUCAGAUUGGGGUCAUGUACUUCAUGUUAGGGAACUAUACUCAAUCGUAUAAUUCUUUCAAGAAUGCUGUCUCGAAGCUUCGCGCUACCGGAGAGAAGAAAUCAACCUACUUUGGUAUUGUUCUUAAUCAGAUGGGACUUACUUGUGUGCAGCUCAAUGCAUUAAAUGAGGCUGCAGAAUUAUUUGAAGAAGCAAAGAUUAUUUUAGAACUAGAAUAUGGAUCCUAUCACCCUGAAACCCUUGGGGUAUGUAGCAACCUUGCUGGCACGUUUGAUGCAAUUGGCAGGUUGGAUGAGGCAAUUGAUAUUCUGGAGUACAUUGUCACCGUGAGGGAGGAAAAGCUUGGGACAGCAAAUCCUGAAGUUGUUGAUGAGAAGAGAAGGUUGGAUGAAUUGUUGAAGGAAACAGGUAGAGUUCGGAGCAGAAAAACCAAGUCAUUGGAGAACCUUCUUGAUGCCAGUACUCGUACUACUAACAACCUUGGCAUCAAGGCAUGAUUAUGAAAACUCAAUGCUUCAUAGCAUGUUUGAAUGCGUGUUGGACACAGCCUCGAAAGCAUGUUGGCUUAGAAACUAUAUAUUGUAGCUUUUAAGCGAACUUGAUUUUGAGAUCUAUGCGUAAUGUGCAACCAAACAUGCACUUAAUGUAGCUUUAGAAAAGCUAGGUAAAAAACAUAGUUUACAAAGAUUUGGUUGUGAUGGUGGUAGUUUUUGGUGCUGAAAUGGGAUGUUGAUUGUCACAGUUUAAUAAGUUAAGCUAAAUCAGUACCCAAAAGCUGUAUUAUUUGUAGAUAUGAAAGAAGUUUCCGUUCUUUGACC